AUGUUUUAUUAUCCUAACGUGCUUCAACGCCACACCGGCUGCUUCUCCACUAUCUGGCUGGCUGCUACUAAAGGUAUCAGGAUUUCAAGAAGAGAUUAUCUAAAGGUCAACGUCAGAAGAACAUGUGAGGACAUUGUGGAUUAUGUGAUGGUCCAGGUUCCUCCAGUCCAUCCCAGUCUUCCACGGCCCCGUUUCUCUCUUUACUUGUCUUCUCAGCUUCAGUAUGGCGUAGUCAUCGUCUACCAUCGCCAGUGUGCUUUUCUGCUAGAGGAGGUCCAGCAAACCAUCGAGCGCCUGCUUCGCUCAAAGAGACACUUGAACAUUGACAUGCCAGACACUGAUAGGUUGGUGCUGAAUGUCCCUGACUCCCUGUUCCAGCUGGAGGAGGCAGAAUGGGCACUGGAGCCAUUUUUUGGAGUGAUGGGGGUUGAUUGUGUGCCUAGUCCUUGCUUGUCCUCUCAGUUUAUGAGUGCCUCAUCUCCUCUUACACUCACAAAGGAAAUUACAUCAUCUAAAGGGCUCGUUGCUUCUCCUGAAACAAUCACAAUCAAAGACGCAGAGCUGGUGCCUGUUCUAGCAGCAGAGUUUGGUGGGGCAGAGUUGCCUGAAGCCACGGCUCAUGAGAUCGACUUGCUCAUGGAACAGCAAGAUCAGUUCCAUCUUGAGGAUGAAGAUAAAGAAAGAGAGAGGGCGACAGAUGCAGAGAAAUCAGGAAAUCUCGAUCCUGCAAUGGUCUCUAUAGAACAGCUAAAGAACAGCGAGUGCUUCAUAGAUGAAGGUAAUGGACAUCUUACAGAGGUCACCUUAGAUCGAGUCGCUUUGGAGAUGACCCCUCCCUCAAUCACCAUGCCAAUAACCACGGACGCCAGCGAGAGAGACGUGGAGAUGGAGUCCAGUGAGACACUCACAGCUGAGCAAUCUGUGCCUCUGAAGAGACGAGGUCGCAAAAGGCAACUGAUCUUCGCCGACCAAAACACACAGAUUUCCCAGGAUGCAAUGCGACAACAAAUCAACAACCCUAUGACUGAAACUCAAUCUCUGUCUGAUGUGCUCCUAAGUAUCCCUGCCUCCCGGAAGGCUUCAGCUGCAGUUCUGCUCAGCACACCGUGUAACUUGCUCAUCCACCCUGACCUCCAGACUCUGUGGAAAUCCUGCAGUGUUUCUUCCGCACUCCCUCGUCCCUCCAGGAAGCGACAGGCACAGGAGAAGAGCAAGCUGAUGGAGACGGAGAAAGAAAGAGGAGUGGAGAGGAGUCGGGAGUCUAGCAGAGAGGUGGUCAGGGAAUCUGAGGGUGCUCUGGCUCUGUCUGAGAGCUCAGCUGCUUCAGACGUGCCUCUGGAUGUGUCUAAAGGAGACAGGUCUCAGAGUGACCUCAUCACUCCCACCAGCAGAUGGUCUCCGAUUGAAGAGGCUCCUGUUUCUAUGGAGGUGAUAUUAGAAGAGCACAUCGAUCUGCCACAGGGAGAGGCGGAGCUUGAGAUGAGUGACAUCACCACCGCUGACUUAUUCAGACUGAUCACUGGCUUCAUCAAGCGCCAUGGGAAGGUUGGCUUUCACUCACUGCUGCCCUCAGAGGCCGAUCGCAGCGCUGCAGCUCAUUUGUUCUACCAGAUACUAGAGCUGCUCUGUGAUCUAAAGUUAAGUGCUCGUCAGACUGAAGCGUUUGGAGUCAUCACCUUUACCACAGAGCACUGAACAUACACAGCCAACUGCAAACAUAGAUACCCUCAAGCAAGUUCACCCUGUUGGAUUGUUUAAGCGUAUGCUUCAUGCUGAAACAUAUGAUGCCAGUUCAGAGGUCAGUUUAAAUACAGUUUGUUGUAUUUUGUUCUACCAAACAGAA